AUCAUUCGAGGUUCGCCGCCCGACGAGAGCAGUCGCGUUCUGGAUUUUUUGCAGCCGCGCUCACUUCCCCGGUCAACACUGUUUUUCCUUCUUCGUUUUUAUUUUUUGUUGUUUCUGUUGCUAGCUCGAGAGUGAGAGAGAGAACGAGAAACCACCCUCCCCGUUUCGCUCUCGGCUGUGGUUGUUGUUGUCGUCGUUACCUCGCCUCGCUCCGCACUCACACCCCCGCGCGCGCGCUUCCUCGUUUUACUGGGUGAGUGUGUUUUGAUUACAGCAGCAGCGAGUGUGUGCGAGAGUGAGAUCGCCUCUUCUAGGGCAAGUGCAUCGCGUGCGAGAGAAGAAGAAAGCAAGAGAGGGAAUUCCUCCGUCGUCGUCGUCGUCGCCUGCUCUGUUGCUUCUGCGUUAAUUUUUCGCGCUCGUGUGUGAGUGUUUUUUGGUGGUGAUUUUUGAGACACAGGACGACACCGGGACCAGGACUUGGUUUUAUGUGGCAUGCUGCGAUGGGUGGGCAAGAAGAAAGUGUAGUGUAGUCGGUUGAUUAAGGACAAAGAACUGAACUGCCACGUGUGUGUGUGUUUUUGAACGCCGUUUAUGCAAAUGAAAGCGAGGAAUUUUUCGCUCGAGCGUGAAAAUCCAAAUUUUGAUGGAGUGGAAAAACAAGUAGCAAACAGUGAAGAAAUGCAGCGAAAAAAUAGAGAAGAAGGAAAGACUUUGGUCGCGGCUUUGGUUCUGUUUUGUUUGUGAGGGCGGCGAGUCAUCACUAGCAACAGCGCCUCCUAGGAUCAUCAUCAUCAUCGUCAAUAACACCAGCCAAAUCAUUCGACCUAGCAGCUUUUGUUCCAGUUCAUAAGUGACUCGGUUUGACGCAAAUUCCACCGUAAAAAUGCCCUUUCGUUCGAGCAGACAUUUAGUUUGAGCGGACAACUUGUUUUUGCAGCCGCUGCUACUAUAUCCGAGUGCUUCCAGCCAGGCCAAGCAAAGAAACCAGCAAACUAAGUAAGAAGUAAUAAAACAGCAGCACUAACAGAAUGCACGAGAUCUCGUCAUCAUCAUCGGCCGCCAUCGUCACAAGUCCAAAAGUGUAGAAAAAGUCUGAGGUGGUGCGGAAUUUCGCGCGCGCACGCCAGACGGUUUCACCUCUCUCACUCAGAUUUCUGGCUUCUUCUAAGCAUUUGCUUGAGGUGCAAAAAGAAAUAAGCGGCCAAACCAGAAAACAAGCGAAAAGAGUUGCGAGGAGGAAAGUCGUAAAGUUUGGAGCCGUAGUGUGGAGUGGAGUGCUAGAGUGGAAGCAAAAUGAGUAGAACAAGAAGACCCCCACCUUCUGGUUAAUGCUCUGGCAGCGGAGCUCCAAACUCGAAUAAAAAGUUGCGUUUUUUUCUGCUUUUUGUUGUUGUUUAUGGGUACGACCAAGAAGCGAAGAAGGAAGAAAUUGCUUAACGCGCGCGCGGACGACGACCGGAAGAAGCAAAACAUAUCUCGGAAUUUGUACCGGCCCGUGAGAGUGGCAGAGUGUGGCAGAAGGUGAAGGAAGAAUACAAGAAAGAAUCGCGCGAUAACCACUGUGGAGAGUAAUUUCGCGUUUGAUUGAGAUUGAGGGGGGAAGCUACUGUUUGGGGAAAUUUCGCCGAACCCAAUCGAGAAGCUGAGGAGCAUCAUCCAGAAUGGGACGCAAGAAGGGAGCUACUAAAACAAAAUCCAGCGGCGGCGGCGGCAGAAAGGCGGCAACGGAGACGAAGCAAACCGACAAGCGGGACGCCAAAGUGAAAGAUGAUCCGGGUGGAGGAGCACUUCCGCCCGCUAUGGAAAUAAGCAACAGCUGUAGCGAAAGCAAAAUUACGUCAGUGAGUCAACAGCAGCAGCAGCAGAGUCAGAACACCAAACCUAGCACAAAUUUGGCUGCCGUCAGCAGCAGUGGUGCGUCGAAUUCCUCCGAUUUAAAGUACCUGCACAAGAAGUUCAAGCGGAUCGCCAGCGCCAGCCUGGGUGAAGUUACGUCAGCUUCUGAAUCUAGCGUGGCGGUCGUUCCUUCUACCGCUAUCAGCAGCAACGCUGUCGUAGCGCCAUUUGAACCUGUUCAACGGCCACCGUCGUUGACGCCGUCGCCAACAUGUGCCAAGCAGGGCGUAGUAGUUGGUAAUUUAGUCAGAAGCUCCGUCGAAGUCUCAGAACAACAGCAACAGCAGCAACGUGUUCAGCCAAUCGUCGAUGAGACCAACUACAGCAGUCGCCUCCAAUUAACCCCGUUGAGUAGUGUCGGCGGCGACCACCAGAACCUACAGCAACAACAACACAGUAACGGUGCUUCCUUGAAUUGCGCUAACCACAUUAGCGACAGUAAUAGUUUUAUCAGCAGCAGCAGCAACCAUAUUCCGCGGGAAGAAAGUGAAGAGUUCAAGCCGUACUAUCCCAGUGUAAACAAUAACAGUGCGUUCAACACAAGCAGUGAUCCGAGCGAGAAGACCAACCAACCGUUAUCAGUCUCGUACGAAAGUGCCAAUAGUGCGGCGUUGUUCUACGCCAACGGUGGGCCAGUGGUGGGUAGUGAAGUGGUUUCGACGAGUGCGACGGCAACGACGACGGCCCCCGGCCGGUAUGUGUGCCCGUACUGCUCGAUGAACUGUAGCAAACCGUCCGUCCUGCAGAAGCACAUCCGGCGGCACACGAACGAGCGGCCGUUCCGGUGCGACCCGUGCGGCAUCGCGUUCAAAACGAAGAGCAACCUGUACAAACACUGCCGCACCAACACAUCCCAUCAUUCCAGAUCCCGAGCGCACGCAUCCAAGAGCCAGGGCGAGGACAUUGGCGUGAACCUCGACGAGGACGGUUCGCUCGGCGGCUCGGACAUUGACGACAAGGAGCUCAGCAACAGCGGGUCGGACAUUGUGAUCAACCGCGGAUCUCCGAUGGACGACCGGGUGCACUCGCCCCAGCUGCUGGUGGAAAAGCCGUACAAGCCCAAGUUCCACAAUGCGGCACUCUACACCAAAUUCGAUGCCAAGCUGGCUUCCAAGUUCCAGAUCACUGGCGGCGGUGGGGUGUCCGGGCCGAUCGUCGUGACAAACCACAACCUGCAGCAGCAGCACCACAACAGCAUUGGAUCGAGUGGGAGUGGGAGCGGUGGCGCCAGCUCCAACAGCAACAGUACAACGAAUCUGAACGCCAACCACAAUUCGGCGCCAUCGACACCUCACUAUUUGAACGGCCAAAACGUUGAGUCACUGGAGCAGCACAUCUCCAAGCUGAUUUCGGACAACGAAGCGAUCGUCGAAGUAGUGGAACCUCCGCUGCAGAAAAAGUACCACAAAAUUACCGGAAUUACGCGGGGCAUUUCCGUGAGCAGUAGUAGUGGUAGCGGAAGCAGCAAUAGUCACGAUGCUGGAUCUCGGCUGGCCACGGCCCUGCUGCACAAACGAAACAGCGAAGAAGAGCAGUUGCAGCAGCAGCAGCAGCAGCAGAUGCUGAUUUCCCAGCCGCAGUAUGUGGCCACCGUAAUUCCUAGCGAGCAACAAGUUGUGAUAAGUAGUAAGGGUGGUAAAGUGAACGCUCCUAGGGUAAUCAAUCUGACCACCCACGGAUAUCCGGUAGUCCAGAAUCAUCAUCAUCAGCCGGUGCCGUUGAUGGUCAGGCCAGCUGCUGCUGCUGCGUCCGGAAGUAACGAAGUGCAAUACCAACAACCGUUGAACCUGACGAAACCUGUGCCAAGUGAACCACAAUAUCCGCCACCGAUGGAGUACGAGCAGCAGCAUUCCAGGAAACGAUCUGCCGAAGUUCUGCAGUACAGUCGAGAGCAAAGUCCCUCGUUUCCUGUGGCUCAACAGCAACAACAACAGCAGCAGCAGUAUCAAGUGCAAGCACCUGCUCCGCAACCUGCACCACCACCUCCACCUCAGGCCCAGCAAACGCAACCUCCGGUUACGGUGACGGACCAUCCCAAAAAUCCGGAGCGGUCGAUCAUCAAAGAUCUGCUGCUCAACUCGCGUGGUUUUGGGGUGGUCCAGAAUCCGGAGAAUGAAAACGCCGAAAACCUGUUCACCUGCAAGUCGUGCAACAUCAGCUUCCGGGACGCGGAGAUUCUCAAGUACCACACCAUCUGCUACUGCCAGGGCAACAGCAGCAACCUGAACAGUCCCUCGUCGAGUGCGCCCAUCAGUCCGGUGGGAUCGCCCUCGUCGUCGCACUUUAUGCGUUCCAAAUCCGCGGCCAGCGAUCGGUUCAAUCCGACCAGUCUGAAAACGUUGGCUCGCGUCUCGCUGAAUCCACCCUCGCGGAACCCGUCGACACUGUCGAAGCUGGCCAAAUCCCAGCUAAAGUUGCCCCGUGGACGACCGGAGAACAUUUCCCUUCCACCGAAGGAGAGUUCCAGUUCGAGCUCGACUACCAGCAGCUGUCCGGUUCCGGAACCAAGUAGCAGCAGCAGCAGCAAUCCGAUCGUGGCCAAAAUUGUCGAUGUUGUGCAAAACCCACUUCCUUCACCUGGUCCCUUGCUGGGCAAUACCAGGCUCGUAGAUUUCCAAAGCCACGACGGAGGUCGAUCGAUGCCGCCGGAACCGAACGUGAUCGUGUCGCACGUGGCCAACGAUGUACCGCUGCAUCGAAAACAUCAACCCAGCAACGAACAGCACGUUCUUCGCCGAGUUCAGCAUCCAAGCUUACAGCUGUUUGGAGGAGAUGUCGAAGUGGUCCCUCGUAACGAAGAACUGCGACGACCCCAUCGGUACACCUCCGGCGGAACCAUCACGUACUCGCCCGAGGUGCACCCGGAGAUGCACGACGGUCCGGCUGGCCGAACCGGAAUGCACUCUGGCGGUUCGUUUAUGCAGCUGUCGGACAACAACCGAAGCGUGUCACCCGCGCCGGUCGUCAAUCACGCUACUCCAAAGCUGAUCGUGACCAUCACGCCCACUCUGACGCCAUCGUUGACUACGCCCAACUUCUUCCAGCAUCAUCAAAGCUCGUCGGACGGUGCGCCUCAGCAACCUCAGCAACCAAUCACGCACUUCCACUUCCCACCGAUCAACUCCAUAACGGCGUUCAAUCCGCUAACCCUGCCGCAAGUGUCCCCCGGCCAAGCAUCGCAGAUCAUGCACGGUGGCAAGUUGAUUCCGUUCGUUCAGGGAAUGCCCGGUCCCAACUCGAUGCUUGUGAACCAGCAUGAUCAGCAACCAAAAAGCAGUCCUCGCAUCGCGGCCAGCCCGAGUCCGAGCGUGCUGCAGUCGAUCUCGAUCUCCACCGGAAAUUACUACACGUCGAGUGCCAAGAUGCAAUCUCCUUCACUUUUGACGACCGUAGACGACAGCAGUCGUGGCAGUGGCAAGAUGGCAUUUCGUGUAAUGCAACCGAUUAAGAACGGUAUGGCCAAAGAGAUUUGGUCACCGGCCAAGCUGGAACAGAACAACCUCGCGCCGAAGAAGAGUUUCAACUUUACCCGAAUCGCGGACAACAUCAGUCCGAGGAAAAAGGAAAUCUACGAAGUUCCGCCACCAUCUGCCGUCAAAAAAGAAGAGAUUCGGUACUUUAACUUUGAGAACUUGAUCUCGAAGUCGGAAAUUCUCAUCAAAACACCCACGACACCAGCGCCGGCGGACUGCAAACCGGAACCGAUGAUUGUCGAUCCACUGCCACCACCGCCACAGGUUGUAAUGAAACCCAAGUUCCUACGACCCAAUUCACUGCCGCUCAAGCCGGGAACCUUCACGCCCAAGCGACACCACGGAAUAACGCCAACCCACAACACGAUGCCGCUGAUUUCACCGGAGACGCCUCGGCAAUCCAAGUCCUGCCGGGAGCUCUACUUCAACGGACACGCGUACACCAACAUCGGUCUGAAAUCCAGCACGAAGCCCUUCUACUGCACAGUCAACAAGACGCAACCAUUCUACGUGCAAACGCAAAAGCAACUGUCCAUGUACAGCAACUGGCAAGUUCACCCCGAGAACGAUCCUCACCCACUAGGUUUAAAAGCCGUCGUGGUCAUGUCCCUGUACGACAGCAGCCAACAGCGCGACCACCGCUACUCGAUCGCCACCAAGCAGCUGUCCCUGGCGGUGGUCAACUCGAGUUCCUCCACCAGCCUGAUCAUGUCCGCGGUGGAAGCCAAGACCAUCUUCCCAACCUACUCCAAGCAGGUCCUGCCCCCGGUAUCGGCCCAGAACUUUGUCCCCUUCACGGGUGGUGGUGGUUCUUCGUCCGGCUUCCAUCCGGCGCACAACGACGACAGCAUGCCACCGCGCAGUGAAUCGUCCGAGCGGACGCUGUCCGGCGGAUUCGAAAGCACCGAAGAGUACACGUACGUGCGGGGACGCGGCCGGGGCAAGUACGUGUGCAAGGAGUGCGGCAUCCGGUGCAAGAAGCCAUCGAUGCUGAAGAAGCACAUCCGGACGCACACGGACGUGCGGCCGUACUCGUGCCAGUACUGCAGCUUCCACUUCAAGACCAAGGGCAACCUGACGAAGCACAUGAAGUCCAAGAGUCACUUCAAGAAGUGCACCGAGCUGGGCCUGAAUCCGAUUCCGACGAGCGUGGACGACGACGGCGGGGACAUUGACAUCGAAGGCGACCAGCAGUCGAUCUCGAGCGAGCGAACGUCCACGAUUCCGGGCGACUCGGAUACCGGCUCGGACAGCGACGGGGACGACAGUGACUACAGCGACGAGUCCAAGAGCCGGCUUCCGGAGCACGAAGCGGCGCACUGUUUGCUGUCGCUGUCGAUGACGCCGCCAACCGGAUCUCAGCAGCAGCAGCCGACUCCAAAGAGCUAUCCCAGUCCUGUGAUGCAGUUUGCCACGGUUGGGGCGUUGAUGUCGCCGCAGCCAAUGUUGCCAGAGCCAUCGCAGCCAAGUCCGCGACGGGUGAUUAGUUUUGGGAAUACGCCCAAGGUGGAGUUCAGCAUGCUCAAACACGAGCAGUACUACUCGGAUCCGAAUCUGAGCAAAAAGAAGCGCGAGUUCAAGGACGACGAUGGCGCGAUGCCGAUAGAUUUGACGAAGAAGACGAAGGAACCUGUGGCGGAACCGUUGGUUUACUUGCAGCAGCGACCUCCGAGUGCGCCUCGAUCGCAGGUGAUUGUUCGCGUGUCGGACGUGGUGACUCCCAUUACGGGUGCGGCCAAUCUGCUGACCACGCUGGUUUCCAACACGGACAAAAUUCCCGUUACGAGUCUGAUUGUUCCGGGUGGGAAGGAGUUUGACGAUAGCGUGUACUUCCAGGAGUACAUUAAGCAGCGAGCGCUUCAGGACAGCCGGAUGAAGCAGAGUCAGAUGAAAGGUCUGAACAACAAUCAGUACGAGGUGGAGGCGGUUCCCAGUGCCAAACAACAGCCGAUGUCGCAGGUCGAAUUGCUGCCAACGGUCAUUCCAGCCGCCAAGGUCGAGAAGUCCUACCGGAUAUUCAACUUUAAAAACGAGCAACCAAAGCAGGUCAUCGAACCGCCGAUGGUCAAUCGAAUCGAAAUAGUGCCCAUGACCAAGGUCACGGAAGUGGCCCCACCGCCGGUGAAACCCGUGUCCUACCCAAGUCAAGAACCGAAAGAAGCGCUCCUAGCUGAUCCAGCGGAACCUAGCGUCUCUCGAAUGGACACGCUGGCCGAGGUCGCUGCCGGUAGUGUAAAGCUGGAUUCCGGUAGCGAACCGGCCGGCAGGCCACGAAGUGACAGCUUCAAGGCCGUCAACGACACCGGCAAGGAAAGUGCCAAGAGCGUCGCUUCGGAAUAUCUCAAGCUGACCAAGUCGGUCACGUUGCGAAAGCGGGAAGACAGCGAGAGUGGGACGGCGUCCGAUCAGGACGAGGGCAAAGCGAUCGCUGCUGCUGCGCCGAUUGUGGCUCCGAUCGUGCCGCCGGUGGUCGUUGUUCCUCCGGCAACGGCGUUGCCAGCGACGGCAGAGAUUGGUGGAAUCGUCGCUCGAACGGUUGUCGUGGGUGAGGACGGCUUCAAGACAACGCCUCCGGCGAACGAAUUUGCCUCGUUGAGUCACUUCCAGGAGGACGGAGGCCGGCCGGUAUGCGAAGUGUGCAACAAAAAGUUCCAGAAAAUCUCCCAGCUCAAGAUCCACAUGAACAUCCACUACAUGGAGCGCAAGUUUCGGUGCGAACCGUGCGGAACCAGCUUCCGGUCGCAAGGGUUGUUCCUGAAACACGAACGAUCCGCCACCCAUCGGAACAAGGUCUCGAUGACAACUACGUUCGGCAUCGCCACCGAUUCCAACCCGCGACCGUUCUACUGCAAAGACUGCGACGUCGGCUUCCGGAUCCACGGACAUUUGGCCAAACAUUUGCGCUCCAAGAUGCACGUGCUCAAGCUGGAGUGCCUCGGAAAGCUGCCCUUCGGAACGUACACCGAAAUCGAACGUUCCGGCACGAACCUCACCGAGAUCGACACCACGGACUGUGAAAAUUCCCUCUCCAGCCUGAAGCGACUGGCCGUCCGCCUCAACGUAAAAGAUCCGGCCAGAGUUCUGCCCGGCGAGGGCGGUGGUGCCGCCAUCCCGAGCGGCAGUGGCAACGAAACGGACAGCUGCGACGACGGCCAGUACGAGAACGAUUCCGCCGGCGAGGACGCGGACAUGGACGACGAGGAGCAACCCCAGGUCAACAAUAACCACUUGAACAACCACAUGAAACGUAAACCUGAUGACAGCAGUACAAGCAACGAUUCUUCCUCCGAGGAGACCAAACGGGCCCGGUACGAGGCCGUUCCUCCGGGGGCGGCCGCAACCGGUGAAUAGUAGUGCCAACAACUAUUUAUGCUGAACAGUGCCAAGAGAUUGAGAGGGAGAGAGUGUGUUAAUUAAUGGUCUAUUGAUUAACAUUUUAUAGUGAUUUAAUCUGUUUUGGAUUAAGGAAACCGUUGCAAAUAUUAGUCUUUUAAGUCCAUUUGUUCGCUUAUAGAAUCUAACGUUUCAGUUCUAGUUCGUCACAUAUUAAGCGCAUUAGUGAUAUUUCUUUUGCCCUUUUCUGUUAUCUGCGUGCAGCAAAAGUCUGUGUUGUUUCGGAAAUAUGUUUUAAAAAUUUGUUUUUGUUACUUUAUAAACUUUAUCACAAAAAUCUUCGGCUCUUUUCAAAUUUUGGAUUUUGCUUGAAUUGACAGCGCAAGACAGUGAGCUAGAGCUCUGAAAACCCUAAAGUCACGAUGCACGAAGUGAUUUGUUUACAUUUUUCGACUCUCCCAGCAAACGUCAAACCAUACAAAAUUGCUGCCGAAUCAUUUUCGGACCAGUCGUCAGGUGACACGGUUCUGGGCUGCUACUCUCCAAUUCCGAUUCGGAAUUCCCACACUUUCCAGAUCGUCCUCCGCCUGCUUUGAUCAUUUUAAAAGUCUUCCUGAUCUUUCCGUUUUCUCCACAACAAAAGUAAUCCCGCGAUGAGAGAACUCGAGAGAAAAGAGAGUUUUUCUCUCUUUCUCUGCACUGCUCGCGGUUGUAAACAACUGCACUGUAAAUUGAUUCUACUCAAUUUAUACUUGAAGUUGGAACUCAAAACUAUGCAAAAUGCUUCAACGUAUCUUCGAAACAAUUAAUUAUUUUCGUUUGCAACGCAAUUACAAUUGAACAUAUAGCUUUAAAAUAUUGUUAAGUUCUAGAUUCUGUGGCAAUUGAAAAAAGAAAAAAAAACUUUAAAAUAUAGAUGUUUAAAACCGCAUAUGUGAUCACUUUAUUUGUUAAAAAAAUACUCUCGAUAUAUCUGCAUUCGCGCCGCACGGGAACAGGUCGAAUAUGAUUCGGCCACGGUUGUUCUUUGAAUAUUUUGAGAAAGAACGCAAAAGCGGGAGCGAUUAGUUCUUCUGUUGCGUUUAGAGCUCGGUUAACUUUACGAUUAAUCAAACAUAAGCAAACUAUUGAGGUUUAUCCGGGAGAUGAUUGCAACAAGAUAUAUAUUAUAAUGGAACAAUUGCAACCACCUACUGAUGUAUUUUAUAUUCUAUAUAUUGUACGGUAACCAAGACAGAAGAGAGUUUAUAAAUAUUGCAACCCUUUUGUAUUAGUUUACACGAAACAAGAACACCUACACACGAUUAGAUAUGUAACUGAUUUAAACGGAAUCGUCGGAAUCCCCAGUAAAAAUUAAAGAAAAAUGUCAAAAAUAUUCAUAUUUAUACACACGACACCCUGCGGAGCCAACGUAAGAAUAUCCAUAUAUUUGUAAAGUUUUUUCAGAGCAACAACAAAAAAAAACAUUCGCAGCCAUUUUAUAAAAGCAAAAACAUAUUGUAAAACAACAUUCUCGAGCAAAAUCUUUAUGGAAUGUAUUCGUACUAGCGAGUGUACUUUGCAUAUCAUUUUUAAAAGUGAAACCAAUGGACGUUUAUCACACCCCUUUUUACGUAGGCAGACAGAAGUUUAAAAAAAUCCAUUAGAAACCAGCGAAUCAUCUUCAUUUUUCACAUUCUGCAACUGUCAUCAGCUGAUUCCACCAAAUUUUGAAUCAGCGACUUCCCAACCCCAACGUAUUUCGGAAAUCUUUUUCUUUAAUCGGUUCGUGUUGUGUUUUACGAAAAAAAAAUAACUCGUGCAAGGCACGGAUCAGUGGAGGUUAAGAUGAGCAAAAAAGGUAAAUCAUACAAAUAUAUUUAUUAUAUUUUUGUAAUCAUGUAACCAUUAAACACACAACAAAACCAAUGUAAGAGUCAUCGUGAAGUAAACUAGAGCGUAUAGGCAAAUAAACGGAAAAUGCAUGUCAAAUAAUUUAA